UAUUAACACAGCGUAGCAAUUUCAUCUUCCCAAACGUGAUCUCCUUUAACAACUGUGAGCGCUCAAAUGCCUGUUGCCAGGUUACCGUCCAGCACUGUGAAAAGCGGGAUUGUGUACGCGAGCAGCAUGGAGAAGCACCGCUGACUUGAGCCCGUCUCUAAAUAAUGAAUCACCGAUGCAUUCAGAAUAGGGGGAACGCGAUGAAUAGGCGAGUGUGAUCGGGAUCGAAUCCGCAGCGUCGGAGCCGGGGGAAGCCAUGCAGGUCCAGUCUGCAGCACAAUGCAAGGUGUCCGGCUUCAUACCGAAUGAAAGAUGCGCCCAGUCUUCGAAAAUGGAAGUCCACCGUGAGCAGAGUAUCUGUCAGGCGCGGGCUGCUGUCAUGGUAUAUGACGACGCCAAUAAGAAGUGGGUUCCGGCUGGUGGAUCCACAGGAUUUAGUCGAGUCCACAUCUAUCACCACACUGGCAACAACGCCUUCAGAGUAGUGGGCCGUAAAAUUCAGGACCACCAGGUGGUAAUAAACUGUGCCAUUCCCAAGGGGCUGAAAUACAACCAGGCCACACAAACAUUUCACCAGUGGCGAGAUGCACGGCAGGUGUACGGCCUUAACUUUGGCAGCAAAGAGGAUGCCAAUGUAUUUGCCAGUGCCAUGAUGCAUGCCCUGGAGGUGCUGAACUCUCAGGAUGCAGGCCCCCCGAUGCCAAGACAGACCCCUCAGGUGCAGAAUGGCCCAUCACCAGAGGAGCUGGAGGUGCAAAGAAGGCAAGUGCAAGAGCUCCAGCGUCAGAAGGAGCAAGAGAUGGAACGACUGGAGCGAGAGCGGCUAGAACGAGAACGCCAGGAACGAGAGAUGCUUGAACGGGAACGCACCGAAAGGGAACGUCAGGAGCGGGAGCGUCAGGACCGAGAGCGACUGGAGAGGGAACGUGCCGAGCAGGAACGUCUGGAGCGCCUGGAGCGUGAGCGUCAAGAGCAGGAGCAGCUGGAACGAGAACGCCAGGAACGGGAGCGCGCCGAGCGGGAGCUGAUGGAGAGAGAGCGUGCCGAGAGAGAGAAGCAAGAAAGGGAGCAACAAGAGCAGCUGGACAGAGAGCAGAUGGACUGGGAGAGAGGGAGACGCAUCUCCAACGCCGCAUUUGAAAGCACCCUCUAUACUCCUCCACCUCCCGAAUACAACAAGACCACCUCCUCCACACCAGUGUCUCCUUCCACACCCAGCUACCCACCUCCAACGCCAUUGCCCUCCACAGCCACUCCUCCGACCCCGCCCCUGCGCCACUCUGCCUCCCGAUUCGCCACAUCGCUUGGCUCCGCCUUCCACCCAGUCUUGCCUCAUUACGCCACCGUACCUCGCAGACAACGCCCGCCCACACCGCCGCCCCCUGCCCCAGCUCCUCCUCCAGCUCCGGCCUCCAAAUCCGUAGUCUGGACUGCUAACAACUUCACUCCCCUACCGCCCUCACCUCCGGUCAUGAUCAGCAGCCCUCCGGGCAAGGCCACGGGUCCUCGCCCAAUGAUUGCGAUCCCGGCCCCUAGUCCGCUCUCCCAGAAACCCCCCUCGCCCAUCUCGGCGCCCAACGGGCCGCCCACCUCGCUUCACUUCCACACGUCGUCACCCGUCUCAGGUCAGCCGUUCUCUUCGCCCCCGACGCCACCCCCACCGCCACCCCUGUAUUCCCCCUCGCCCACCUUGCCCAUCUCUCCCCUUGUGUCUUGUCCCUCACCCCAGCCUGCUGUUCUCCCUUCUCCUUCCACAGCCUUCCCUGCCUCUGCUGAGCACUCUGUAAACUCUGGGUUGGGAGACUCCUGCUCCUCUGCUCCAGAGCCGCCCACUCAGCCUGCUGACUUCCCCAGCCAGCCGGAUUCAGUACAGGGGAUACCGACCCCUCCACCCCCACCACCUCUCCCUCCCAGCUCCACUGUGACACCCACCACUGCUGGACCUCCGCCACCCCUGGUCCCCUCCUCCUCCCCACCACCUCUGCCCCCCAUGCUUACCCCAACAGGUCCUCCUCCUCCCCCCGGCCCACCGCCUCCACCCUCAGGCCAGGCUCCACCGCCAGCACCACCUCCACCCCCGGCCCCACCUUUGCCCUCGGGUCUGUUCACCCCCUCGCCCACCACAGAGGAGAACAAGGGCCUGUCUGGGCUCGCAGCUGCCCUUGCUGGAGCCAAGCUAAAGAAAGUGCCAAGGAGCGAUGAGCCCCUGGCUCCAGCCGCAGCAUCAGCGGUGAGUUCAGGUGGUGCCAAGCCCGAGGCAUCCCGUGGAAAUGGUCCUUUACCUGGAGGAGGAGGUCUGAUGGAGGAGAUGAGCGCCCUGCUGGCCAGGAGGAGAAGAAUUGCUGAGAAGGGAUCAUCACCAGAGCCUGAGCAGAAAGCUGAUGACAUUGAGGCUACCAUAACUCCAAAAGUGUCAGCCUGUAGCACACCAGAUAUGCCCAGAAAGCCUUGGGAGAGGACAAACACCAUGAAUGGUAGCAAAUCACCAGUCAUUGGAAGACCAAGGUCUACACCAACUCCUACCGGAUCCAUAAGUGCCAAUGGGGUGCCAACAGAAGCUCUUGACUACGACAGAUUGAAACAGGACAUUCUAGAGGAGAUGAGGAAGGAACUAUCGAAGCUGAAAGAAGAACUUAUUGAUGCAAUCAGGGAGGAGUUGGGCAAGUCAAACUCUGCAUAGGAGAAUGAGAUGCACCUGUAUUUUUUUUAACCACAAUCUGUCACUUCAGAGGUCAGCUUCAGUUUAAGACACUUUCUCAAAAGCAAUGAAAAUGGAAAAUUACAGUUUUAACCAGUGGUGAUCACAAUAACCAUGAUAAUUCGGAGGAUAUGUUGAGUACGAUGCCGGGACAGAUACAAGUUUUGAGCGUGGGGGCACGGGAGGCGUAACGGCGAGAGGAUAACCAGAUGCCUCAAAGCGACGCCAUACACCAAAAGCCCCGUCUUGAAGGGGGUCAGGACGCAGUCUUAAGGAAGUGACUGUCAGUAUGCAAUGGAUGACACUUACUGUGGAAAGAAAAUGAUGGAAAAAGACAAACUAUUACUGAAUUACAUACUGUAUUAACCAUCGAAGAGUGAAAUUGUAAAUCAAGCAGAUGACAUUCAUUCUACGGCACAUCGUUUAGCAAAGGGCAGGCUUUGUUUAUGAAUUUAAAAGGUGGUGGUGAAGUAACGUUAACGAAGUUGGCCUUGUAUAGAGCAAAACCUUGAAAUCUGGCCAACCAAAUGAGUAUGGUCUCUUGCUGCAGGACUCUAAAGCUUGUCUUCCUACUAUUUUAACCAGAAUAUGUACAUUAAAAUGAUGACAAAAUAAACAUUAUACCUGCAAGUCAUUCAGUCAACCUGUUCUAAUGUACGCCAUGACCACAUCAGGUAGCUUACUUGCUCUUUUGGUCGGUUUUCAUUAUUCUUCUCUUUUCAAACGUGAAUGCUCGACAGGCUGUCUCUAAUGAGCCACUGUUAUCUGUAUACCUUCGUCUUGUGUGUUCGCUAAGUGUUCGGAAAGAUCACGAAGGACAAUGCCUUUCUACUGUACAUCAUUGUAGCUCUCUACCAAAAUCCUCUCAGCCAAUCGAAGUUAAGGUUGACGUCAACGUCAGCUCAGACCGUAUCUGUAGAUAGUGCUAACCAGAAAUACUAUGAACUUUUUAUUCACCGUAGGCUCUUUUCGUAUUUCUUUCGAUUUCAGUGCAUGUCUUCUUACGAUUGGUACGGGAAAAAUGGUUGCCACGAAAAAUACUUUAGUUUUCAGUUCAUAAGCAAUAAGUGUAGCAUUGUUGCAAUUGUUUUUUUUUUUUUUUUUGGUCUCUCUCUCUCUCCACUUUUUUCUUUAAUCGUCCACUCUGCCCUCAAACUGUGGAUGAAUGACGUUGUCCAUAUGCAUUCUCAAAAUGCAGUUCGCAACGGACACCUCUUUAUAGCCAUAAUAAAUUUGCAGGGGUUUGACAUCUUACUCAUUUUACUUUAUUUUGGGAUGCGAAAGAUCAUGUAUGGCUACUUACCAACUAAACGAUUCUGGAGUAUCUAAUUUUUUUCUUUUUCAGUCAUUUAUGGUUAAACCUCUUUCUGCGCACUGGAUGGCACUCGGCUGUGUUUUUCAGAGGGGCUUUAUCUUCCAACAUGCUUUCGUUAGGGAACUUUAUUGGGAAGUAUGCUUUUUAAGACCAUAUGAAGUGUGAUUAUAGGCUGUGCGAAUUUUGAGGAGAUAACUGAGAACAUGAAUUUGUGACGUUCUCUCCGAUCGGAUUUUUCCUCGGUUAUCCAAUUACACCCCCCACCAUGCUCACUUGUCAUUUCUUUUCACUUCAAAACCAUCACUCGAAAUAAUCUCUCAAGGAAUCAGAAAGUUUGUAUAGAGUGUUUACAGCAUUGAUUGCACUUUAAAAACCCGUAGAAGUUCAAAUGAUUCUAUUGCUGACAAGACGCCUGUCACUUUGUGAUCGGCACUAUCACCAAAGCUAAACCGUAAUCUCUAGAACGUCACAAUCUCCUGAUCCACCUUUGUUUUGACAACAAAUUGGUCUUUAGGUUAAGCAGGUGAAAUGUUUUGAUCGGGGUUGAUUCAUUCCUGGAUAAACCUGUUUGUGAUCUUCAUGGUUUGUGCCUUGUUCGGAAGUUGCAUUUGAUAUGUCAAAAAUUUUAAAGCGUAUAUAUAGAGAGUAUUAAUUUAGGGCCUGCCAUAACUUUAUUCAUUUGUUUUGCAUUUUGCUUCAGUGAGUUGCAAAGGACACUUUUACGAUCUUUGUUUAAAAUCAAACAUGCAUUCACAUUCUUCUCUCAGUGUCAUUUUUCUGUUGCAUUACAGUGUGGUUUGUGUUAUGGUUAAGACCAUGUAUGCUGGUGGGAUCUGAGAAACUGAUCUUUGUCCUUGUGGAAAUCAGUUGAACAAUAUUAGCAAAAGGUUGAUGGAGUUGUCAGCACAUGGAGACUCGAUUAUGAGCAGACUUUGCUGGUUAGAUUCAACUGAAUGUCCUUGUAAUGCAAUUUUCAGUUUCCUUAUCUUUCUAUUUUAUCGUUCAUGUUGUACCAUACUGUUUUCAUGUUAAUUAGACGUUUCUUACAUGCUAACAUUGUUUUGUUUGAGCAAAUUAAAUAAAAA